AUGACUGAAUUUGCAAAAAAUAAAUCUCCAAAAAAAUUUUUGAAUGAAAAAUUUUCUUUCUACCUCCCCCAGCUUAUUUAUGUUACAAUCAAUGCGCUGGACAAGAAAAAAAGAACAAUUAUACCAUUCCUUCCUCUGCCGUUUGUGCCAAGUAGGCAGGGAAGUUAGAAAGUUAUGAGUGGGGGAUAAAGGGUACAAUAGGAGGACACCCACUGCCUAUUCGUCUUAAAAUCCCUACUCGCGGCCCGUCUUACGUUGGAAGAGUAUACAGGUCUCUAAUUGGCCUCAAUCCUUCGCUUAUGGGUAUCACGAGUACUCUGGAAAAAAGGUGCGUCGUCAGCUUAACAUGAUGUCAUAGUGAAACCAGGUCAUGGAGUAUAUAGUCCCUAGAUGAUCUCCUAGAGACUGAUAAUGGCAAGCCUGAGGAACCUAAAUGCUUAAUGGGGGAUUUCCAUAUCCUUCCCCCAUGUUUACGCUCUUAAGGUGGAUACCAGGAUACUACUGUUGGUCCAGAAAAGAAGGCCCACAAGCAGGUUAAAGACCAUUCCAGUGAUGUUUCCUCUAAAGAGAUAAAGAAUGACUUAUAUAUCUUAUAAUUAUAAAGCUCGAAAUCAAUAAAUGAUAUUUAUAGAUUUAUCUAUUGCUUGUAAUACUAAAAAUAGAGAAAAAUUAUGUGAAAUCAUAAAUAGGACAAAAUGGAUGGAUAAAGAAGCAGCUAAUUUUCUUAUGACUUUAUAUGAUGAAAUGUAUUAUUGA